GUAAUAAUUCAACGAGUUUUAUCAGCUUCUGUUACUGUCGAACACAAGUUGAUAUCCAGCAUUGGGAAGGGGAUUCUAGUAUUUGCUGCUAUUGCACCUUGGGACACGGAGAAAGAUAUAGAUCGGCUUGUGACUAAGCUUCUCAAAUUAAGAAUAUGGGAUGACGAGUCUGGCAGCAAAUGGAAAAAAAACGUAUGCGAUAUCAGCGGAGAAAUCCUUUGUGUGUCUCAGUUUACUCUACUUGCAUCCACGAAGAGAGGCACGAAGCCAAACUUUCGCGGAGCCCUUGGAAGCUCCCAGGCUAAAGAUUUAUAUGAACAAUUUGUGUCUAAAAUAAGAGGUAGCUAUUCUCCUGAAAAAGUCAAAGACGGAAUAUUUCAGGCCAUGAUGGUACUUAAACUGAGAUAG